AUGAUCUCCCCCGAGAACAUCCCCCUCCCGCCAGACGACCCCGUGUCGCCUCAGUCGGCCCAUCCGCUCACCUCAUCCACCAGCGGCUCUGCGGGGACGUCGCCCAGCUCCAUCUUCCAGCAUGGCUCGUCGACGGGCAAUCCGUCGUCGGGCAGCCAGACGCCCGUCCAGAUGGACACGGACUCCAACGGCAACAAGAACCGCGACUCGACCGUCCCCGCCGCAUGUCUAGCCUGCCGGAGCAAGCAUCUCAAGUGCGAUGGCCAGAACCCUUGCGCCCGCUGCCUCUCGUCUCAGAGCGAGUGCGUCUACGUCGCAUCGCGCCGCGGCUACAAGGGGCCUCGGCGUGGCACGGCGCAAAACCCGAACAAGCGGCAGGCGACGUCGCCACCCGACGCCAACGGCGGCGCGCCGUCCGACUGCCCCAUGCUGUUGGGAUCGCGGUCCGGCGCUGCCGCCAUGGAAGGCAACGGCUAUCCCGCCGUCACCAUGAUGCCCGGUGCUCUUCCGCCGCAGCAGGCCCAGCAGCAGUACACGCCCGGCCCCUCAGGCAUGCAGUUGUACAAGUCCUACUGCUCCGUCAAUGGCAUCGAUCCCGUCGCCUUUGCCGUCUCCCAUCACAAUGUCGGCCAGCCCAUCCCCGUCAAGAGCGUACCCGAGCGCUGCCUUGAUGCCUAUUACCACUACUUCUUCGGCUCGCACCCCUUCGUCCUGCCGCGCGAGCACCUCCUGCGCCUAUCCAAGAGCGGCGUCAUGGAGGUGGUACUUGCGGCGAUACGCUGGGUCGGCUCCAUCUUCAUCGACGUCGGACCAGCCGUCCGCGAGAGUCUGUUUGAGGAGGCGUACCGGCUCAUUUACGACCCGUCCACGCCUCGCGAUGGCUUCAUGGUGCAGGCCAUGAUGCUGCUCAUCGUCGGCCUCGACGGCUGCUGCAAGCAGGAAAAGGCGCGCGCCAUCCUGAGCGACGUAGAGCGCCUGGCUCUCGAAAUUGACCUCAACACGCGGCCGUUUGCGACGCUCCACGGCCAGGGCAUCCCCGUGCUCGAGGAGAGUUGGCGACGGACGUGGUGGGACCUGUUCAUCAUCGACGGCAUGAUUGCCGGCGUCCACCGCGUCACCAACUUCCUUCUCUUUGACGUGCCCGCCGACGUUGCCCUGCCGUGCGAGGAGCACCAAUAUCUCUCUUCUAAUAUCCCCAUCCCCCUCUAUCUCGAAGACCUCGAAGACCGCGACUUUUCCGACGAGGACCGCGAAUUCUCCUCGUUUGCCUACCGCAUCCUUUGUGGCCGCAACCUGGGCAAGUUUAUGCGCACGCCGCCCAUCUUCGGCCCCGAAGACGAAAACAUGGCGCGCAUCGAGGCGCUGCUGACCAACUGGCGGCUGCAUCUGCCCAAGACGAAGCGCGACGCGCUGCAGAGGGACGGCAAGCUCGACGAGAUGAUGUUCCAGGCGCACAUGAUGAUGCACGCCACGUCCAUCCUCCUGCACCAGCCGCACUCGCAGCUCGACACGACACCGACGCAAAACAUCAACUCGUGCGCGCCGCACCAGAUGGUGCCGGCGGGCGACCUCUUCAACACGCACACCAAGCACACCAUCGAGUCGGCGUCGGCCAUCAGCGAAAUGAUUACGCACCGCGUGCCGCUGCUGUCGCACACGCACUUCUUCACGUGCGUCAUCACGCUCUCGUCAAUUGUGCACCUCAGCCGCUGGGCGCUCUUCUUCAUCCCGCAUGACGAUGACGACCUGCGCCAGCAGGUGCGCCUCAACAUCGGCGCGCUUAACCGGCUCGCCGAGGUGUGGGGCGCCGCGGACCGGGCGCGGGGGCAGGUCAAGGCCGUGGCGCAGGAGAUUUACCAGGCCAAGAAGCAGCAACGCCUCAACUCGCAGUUCUGGGUUGGGCUCACGCAGGAAGACAUGCUCAACACGAUUGCCACCGACGACUCCAUCAUUAGCGAGAUUGAGAGCUUCCAGGUGCCGCCCAACCUGUUGGGCUAG